UCCAAAUGAGCAAAGAUGUUAUCCAAGAACAGAGCAAAAACCAACCACCAAACCAAGCAACUCCUCUCUCCCUCUCUAAAACCCUCAAAUGUUGCAGACCCAACACCUCCUCCGUUCCAAUCUCCCCAUCUCUCUCUCUCCUCCCCAAACCCACUUUCUCUUUCCUCCCAAUCUCUCCUCCUCACCUCUCCAUUUUCUCUACAAACCCAUCAACCACAUCUCCCUCUCAGCGCACUCUACUCCCAGACCGGACCAAUGGCUCGCCGAAGUUCCAGAACCUUCCGCCGGAACCGGCACCUAUACGAUUCCAGACGAAGAGGGUCCCAUUGAGAUUUUGGAUUCUGAUUCUCCAGUGUUUGCUACCAGUGAUGACCCUUCUUUUAUCCAAACUGCCACCAGUGUUCUCCUCACUGGAGCCAUCACUGUUUUCCUCUUUCGCUCGCUACGACGUCGUGCGAGGCGUGCAAAAGAGCUGAAAUUUAGGUCUAAUGGAGCGAAGAAGUCAUUGAAGGAGGAGGCUUUGGAUAGCUUGAAAGUGAUGGCUUCAGGGUCCAUUGAAUCAAAGACACCUUCACCUGUUCAGGCAUUGUUGGGUGGAAUAUCUGCCGGAGUCAUUGCACUUAUUCUUUACAAGUUCACUACUACAAUUGAGGCAUCUCUCAACCGCCAAACGAUUUCAGAUAAUUUUUCAGUUCGUCAGAUUACAAUAACAAUAAGGACCAUUAUAAAUGGGUUGUGCUACCUUGCAACAUUUGUUUUUGGCAUCAACGCUGUUGGUUUAGUUCUUUAUGCUGGCCAGCUUUUCAUCAACGAUGAGUUUAAAAGUAAAGAAACUGAGAAUCAAAGUAACGACCAGUCAGGCUCACCGACUUCAACGGUCGAGAGUCCCACAGACAGUGCUGUGGACAGUAGCAAGGGGGAUCAAAGUUCAGAUGAGCCACAAUAGAAAGGGGUAGAACCAAUAUUGAGGCAGAGGAAUAGGAUUUCGUCAUUUUAACUGUAUGAAAAUAUCUUUUGAAUGGAAGCCAUGUAAUUUCA